AUGCGCUGGAUAUACCCCGUGCCAGUUCUUCUGAUGUCCUUGUUUGGAGUGGACCAAGUAAAAGCAAACUCGUGCAUCAGAACUGCAUUAUGGGCACUAUCUCUCAGCCCCCUUAUACAGGCGGAAUGCCAAUCCCGCACGAUAUAUUGCUACGAGUGCGAUAGCUGGACGGAUUUCCGGUGCAAGGAUCCCUUCAACUAUACCGCCCUGCCGAGGGACCAGCCGCCAUUGCAGACUUGCAAGGGCUGCUGCGUCAAGAUGGUGCGAUAUUCGAAAAGUCCGUACGAGGUCGUCAGGCGGACGUGCACCUCGCAGCUGCAAAUAAAUCUGUUCAUGGUGGACCACGUUUGUAUGAUGGAAAGUACAGGCACUGGUCACAUGUGUUUCUGCGAGGAGGACAUGUGCAAUGCGGCACCGACUGUCGACAUCACACUGGCGCUGAUAGCGGCACUAACGUUGCUAGCAUGUGCAUGUUGCAGG